AUGACCCGACGUCUCGACGCUCGUUCAAGCUCAGCUUCAGUGUUUGUAGAGGCUCUCACAGCAAAUUAUGCUCUUGUAGAAGAAUUGGAAUCUCUAGCUCAAUCACUUAUUGAAGAAGAGACGAAAUUAGUAACUAAAAUACAUUCAAUUCGCCGACGUAUGGCGCUUCGAAGAGCACAACAAGCUAUGGAGACACUAUUGCCUUGUGUAUCAUCACAGCAUACAAUAAUCCAGCAGCAGUAUCAGAAGAAUGGACGUAAUAGGAAGAAAACACUAGGUGUUGUACCUCGUUCAUACAUUCGUCAACAUGUUUCGUUCUUUACAGAUGAAGUUGAAAGCAAACGGAAAGUUGGAAGACCCAAGAAGAAGAAACAAAAGACAGUGGAAGCUACAGACGUCGAGGAUGAAGAACAGACAAAGCUUCAACAUUCAUUGGAGCCAUUUUCUAAUGCUGAUACCAAGUGUUUACAUGCUCAUAGUCAUGAAUCAUUCAUUGCUGCCCCUCCAACUAUCUUUUCAACCAGAGAACGACAAGUUGUCAAGGAUUUUGCAGAGGAUUUUUAUAUGACACAUGAUCCAGACGUGGAAAUGUCACUGGAUGUGUGGAACAAAAUUCAAGCGUGGCAAAUGAAAAGAAAGUCAAGACAAUUCCCGAUUGAGCGCUCGGGGUUUGCGUGCAAGUUGUGGUACGACCUUCACGAGUCGCCCAAGUUGCGGCUUAGUGCAUGGACAAAAGAGGAAGAUGCAGCUCUUCGACGUUUAGCCACAGGUGAGGAAGAUAAGCAACUAGUAAAUCGGUGGCACGAGAUUGCAAAACGCAUGCCGAUUUCAGGUAGACCAGCAGCACAUUGUCUUACUCGAUACCAGACAGCUCUGUGUGCGGGCAAUACGCGAUCGAAUUUUACGCCGGAAGAAGAUCAGAUACUGCGCGAAGCUGUACCAGUUUUUGGAGAGAAGUGGAAUGUGAUUGCAGACUUACUGGAUGGUCGCGUGUCAGAGCAGAUUCGUCAUCGAUGGCAGCUUUCGCUCGCCCCAGGUCUUCGGCGAGGCAAGUUUUCGCUCAUUGAAGAUCGGCGUAUGUUGUUAGCACUCCGUGCGUAUAUGCCUAAAAACAGCGAGUUCAAUCAGGAUCAAGUGUCGUGGAAUGAUAUCGGUCACCAUCUUCCUGGGCGGACGCAGCCAGCAAUACGGGACCGAUACACAAAUUGUUUGAAUCCGGACUUAUCGUUCCGUAAAUUUACCAAAAAGGAAGACGAGCUAAUACUGACGCGAGUGCGUGAGUGGGGAAUGGAAUCUUCCAGACUGUGGCCUCGAAUUGCUGCUGAGCUAGGUGAUCGCACAAAUUCUCAAGUGUGUCGACGCUGGAAGUACUUGGAUCCAGACGCUUAUGAAAAACAUCGUCGAGUGGUAGAAGAAGCAAGCAAGACCCAGACGACUGCUGUCUUUCGUCGACGAUCGAUCCACAGACAUGACCCUCGCAAAACGAAGAUCCAUACCAAGCGAAGCUCUUACAACGGCCGCGCUGGUGAGCAAGCUGAGAGUAAUGCGGCUCACGCGCCUUGGUCAUCUUCGCGAGGUCGUACAAAUGAAGCCGUUGUAACACCCACUGCUGAUGAGUCAGACAUGUGUGAGACAGAAAGCGAGGAUGGCUCGACUGAGUACACUUUUUAG